CUGGUGCGGAUCGCAGACAGCCGGCUGGCCGGGCUUUUUUGCAUAGCAUGUUCGUUCUGUGAUUUAAUAAUUAGUCUGUGAGCGCGAUGAUAGUUUACACGUUCCCACUGUUCACCGAAGCCGCUCGUUAAAGUGACCCAGGCGGGGUGUUCCCUCUUUUUGUCUUCGAUGCGUGUGCAACGUCUGGCGGCUUCCGUCGCAGCAGGGCCACUGUGAAACGUCGACAGAGAUGUUCUUCCCAUCUCGCUCAUCGCGCGACAACAUGUGGCAUGAGGCACGGAAGCAGGAGCGCAAGAUACGGGGCAUGCUCGUCGACCUCAAGAAGCGGGCCGAGCGCCGGAAGGAAUUUUACGAGCGAAUUAAGCAAGACCCAGCCCAGUUCCUUCAGCUCCAUGGGCGGCGUUGCAAGAUCCACAUCGACCUGGCAAUCGCGCAAGCGGCUGACAGCCCAGUCACUAUGAUGCCAUGGCAGGGAAAUCGGGACGUGAUGAUCGACCGAUUUGAUGUGCGCGCCCACCUGGAUACAAUACCGGAGUUCAAGGCCUCUGAUGAUGGCCCGGAGCUGACCGAAGAGCAAAAGGAGGAAGAGAGGCAGAUCAACUACGAGCGUUAUCGCACACUUGUCCAGAAUGAUUUCCUAGGAGUGUCAGAGGACAAGUUCUUGCAUCAGAUCUUCUUGGAGGAACGCUUUGGCCCUGUCGGGAAGCCUGUUGGCACCACGGAGGAGGAAAAGAAAAAGCUUGCUGAGAAGAAGGCAGCGAUUGGCUACACGUAUGAGGACAGCACACCUGCCCCCUCGACAUCGUCCAAUCAGAAUGAUGAGCCGGAAGAGGAGGAAGAUAAAGAGGACCUCAGUGACAUUGAUCUUGAUGUGACUGUUGACGUGAAUGAACUUACCAUCGAGCAAGCACGGGAGAUGAACGAACAGUCACAUGCCUAUGGCAUGGAGUCUACGGAUUUCAUCUCGUACCUCCACCUGGACAAAGAGGAGCAGGAAAGACUGAAGCAAGCUAGGGAACUCGAAGAAGAGAAAGCCAUGUACUCGGUGAGUCAAGUGAACGUUUCACUGCAAGUGAUCUUGAUGGCUUCUGGAUUCUGCAUAAUAUCUGUUUUACUAAGUCACUUCACAUUGCCAACAGUAUUUUUCUUUUCUUUCGAUAUCCUCAGAGCCCAAUCAAGUUCCCGGUCGCGAUCUAGAUCUCCCCAGAACAUGGGUGAGAUCACUUUCAUCACUAGUUUUGGUGAUGAGGGGUCCGACGACGACGAUGGUGCCGCCAAGAAGGGCCAUGCUAAAGGCGGCGGACCUUCGGCAGCCGGUGCCGGCGGUGGAGCCUCGUCGUCGGGAAGCAGGGCUGCUGCGGCGUCCUCCAGGGGCGAUGGCAGUCGUGGAAGUGGCAGCUUCUCCAGGCGAAGGUCACGAGACCGUUCGAGGUCCAGGGAUCGUCGUGGUGGCUCAUCUCACGGUUCGAGCCGAGGAAGGCUGUCGUCCAGAAGGCGUUCCUCAAGUUCUAGGUCAUCGUCUGGUGGCAGAGUUCGCCGCAGAAGCCGUAGCCGAGGUCGCGCAUCGUACCGUUCCCGGCGGGGUUCCAAGCGGCGGUCCCGGUCGCCGCGACUGAGCUCGCCGCGUCAUCGAGGUCGUUGGACUUCCUCGCGCAGUCGUUCAAGGUCGCGGUCCAGGCACUGGGGGCACGGCCGCAAGCGUUCCACUUCAUCUCCGAGGUCGCCCAAGGGUCACGAUCGGGAGCGGAGGUCGCGGUCACGGUCACGAUCGUCACCACCCUCUGCCCCACGCAAGCUGCCGAGCCCACCCCGAAAGUCGUACUACCGUCACAGCCUGUCGCGGUCGCGGUCAAAGUCGCUGAGCAGCAGCGACAACGAGGAAAACAAGAAGAACCGGUCGCGCAGCAACAGCACCAGCAGCGAGGCGUCGAGGGGUCAGCAGGGCUCGGCGGGUGCCGCCAACGGCACUCGCCGCAACUGGCCGUCGGCGGACGCGGUGAGACCCAACGUCUCUGUGGGUAAACCAGGUCCUGCCUCCAAAACACCAGCAGGUGCCGGUGCAGUGGCUGGUGGAGGAACGGGAGGUCUCACGUUGAGGGAGAAGCUCAAGCGGAAGAUGCAGGCUGCCCUCAACAAGCAGUACAAGGCCGACAAGCGGGCUGAACGUGAGAAGCAGGACAAGAUUCAGCAGGAACGCUGGGAUCGGGCCGAGGAACUGCGGGGAAUGGCCCUCCGUCUUCGCCAGAGGGAACGAGAGAAGAGGCACAAGGAGAGGGACGACUACGACUAUGAACCGGAUGGAAGUCGAGACGGCCGGGACGGCUAUUCCAGUCGCUCUGGCAGCCGCUCGCGAAGCCAAAGUCGAAGUCCUGAACCCCGGCCCCCAGGCGAGUCGUCAUACGCGACCCCUCCGGAGCACUCAAGAAAUCCGACGUACUACUCACGACGAAGGAGCCGAUCAAGGUCACGGUCUCCACCACAAGAUUACUAUCGAUCACGACCACCGACGACAUCAUCGUCAUCGUGGUCAUCAUCCAAGGCAUUGGUGGACUACUGAAGUGUCUUCUAAAGGCACUCAACUAGGGCUUUGGCUCCUAGCUUUACAGGACCGAGAAAAUGUGAACUGAAAUGAACUUCGUGAAGUGAACUGACUGAGUGGCGGCCCUGUGUUGCCAGUGGGUGUGGGGCUGGGAAAGGGGUAGGGGAGACGAUCGGUGAGCACCGCCACACAAAUACUAGUGUUAAGAAAUGCCUUGUGAUGGGGACGUCAUACAAGCUGUGCUGGUGGGUGCUGGAGAAUUCUUGGCCCAUGAAUGCUUCAGAUGUUUGUUUUUAUUUUUUCCCUCAUAUUGCCCAUGUCCUCUUGCCUGUCUUGCCACUACGCAAAAACUGCGUGUUAAUGAUCAGCAAGCAAUUUGUUGAAAAGAAGCACUUUGGAAAAAUGGAACGAUGUGACGAUAGAGCUGUGGGGACAUUGUCACGAAUUGGUCUCUCACGUCUUAGCCGCAUUGUGCAGCUACGCAUAGGUCGACUCAAUUCACAGCUCGUUGUCAGCAAUUUAGGAAAUGUGAUGACGGUUGUCACAGCUGGUUUUUCCAGGGUUCAGUACUACGCUUGAAAUGCCUCUGGCAGCAUUUUUUUCUCUGCUGUCUUUAAAACUGGAGUUAAAGCUUUCCCUUAAUUCUUGUACUGAUAGACACGUGUGCCAGCUGUUUCCGUGUGCUUGCCUUGAUUUACUUAAAAGGCCUCAAAGAAAUUUUUGGUCUAGAAGAAUAUUUGUUGUGCAUUUGUGCGAAGAGCAGCUAGAAGGUGCCACCCUGACACACUGUUGUAUGUGGUGUGCGUACCGUGCUCUGUAAAUCUAAGAUUUGAACUCUAGGCUUAAUUUUUUCUUUUGUGUGCUGUCAAACAGUUGUGUCAACAAACUUUUGCCCUUGCUUAAUAAAGUGAACCCCACAA